AUGGAGGGGCGUGGCCACGGCCCCACCCUCCCAACCAAUCGCCUCGGGGCAGCGUCCGCAUUGGGCACGGCGUGCGGCAGCAGCAGCCAAUCAGGUAUAAGGGGCGUGGCGGCGAGAGGCGGAUCCGCCCACUACCAGGGGUGCGGCAGCCAAUGGGAGCGCAGGGGGCGGGGCGACGGCGGAGGCACGUGCGGCCGCGCACGUGUACGCGUGGGGCAGCCGCAGCCGGGGCGGAACCGGCGCCGGUGCCGGGACAGCGCGACCGGGAGCGGGACGGGGACGGAGGGACGGGGAGAGCGGCACCGGGCGGGCACGGCCCCGCCGCAGCGGCUGCCGCCGGCAGGUGACCCCAUGGAACCUUCCCAGCGCUCCCCCAGUUCUGGUGAUGGCAUUGGGACUGAGACCCUCCCCAGAGCCCCCCCAGUGCCCCCCCGGUCUGAGCGGGGCCGUAAGAGGAGGGCAGGGGGGGAUCCGGAGCCGCCCCCAGUGCUGCGUGGUGCAAAGCGGCCAAAGGAUGGGGAUGGGGGUCCCCGGCACAACACCACCCCCCCCAGCGACGGAGAUCGCCUCUUUGCCCAAAAAUGCCGGGAGCUGCGGGGUUUCAUCCGCCCUCUGACGGAGCUGCUCAAUGGGCUGCGCAUGGGGAGAUACGACAAAGGGCUCAGCAGCUUCCAGCAGAGCGUGGCCAUGGACAGAAUCCAGCGGAUUAUCGGUGUCCUGCAAAAACCCGAAAUGGGCGCACGCUACCUGGGGACCCUGCUGCAGGUGGAGGUGAUGCUCAAAGUCUGGUUCCCCCACGUCGCCCCUAAAGCCGGCCCUGAACCAGAUCCCGUCGGGGUCCUCCUGCUGCUCCGAGACCGCCGCAGCGCACACGGGGACGGCGCCACGUCGGGGACAUCGGGGGGGACAUCAGAGACGACACCAACAGGGACAACACACCCCAAGUGCCCCCUCCCCACCCGGACUGGGGCCCCCACGCCCCCCGCAGCACCCGACGUGUGACCGUCCCCCAGCACGGGAUUCUCUUCUUCUUCAUUUUGGUUUUUGGGUUUA